CAUUCCUGACAAAUAAGUUAACAUUUGCGUACAAAUGUUUUCAAAAAUCCUGCCAUCUCCGACUAUAAAAAUAUUGAAAAUUCUGAGUAUGGUUUUCAAGAAUCGGCAACCCUGUUUCAGCGAGUACGGUAGUGUCUGUGCGUUGGAGGAUGACGUGGCUGUUAACUGGACUACUCACCUGUUUACCUCUCCUCCCCGACACCACGCGCCGCGUUUCCCGCCUGUCCUCAGAAACUUAAUCUCACUCUGUGUUCCAGGGACAAAGGAGGAAUUUUCUGAGUAAUUCAUUUCAAGGAGCGGAGAUGUCUGCAGGGAAACAGAGAGAAAUAGAUAUAAGUUUGACGAACGUAUACGGGACACGAUUUGAAUAUAGCAAAAUUUAGGAAAAUAACAUGUCGGGAGUUACUUGUUGAGGGAAAAAAAGAAAAAUCAUCAGAAUUUAGAAGAAGAAUUCAGAAAAGUGACUGCAAAGUACAGCUCAGAAAGCUGUCCAAUGGAAUAGUACAAGAAAGUUUUGCCAAACAGUUAUAACCGAACCUGCCGUCUCAACGUUCACAUUUUCAUAUCUUGGAAAACACCAGCAGGACAGUUUACUACGAAGUCAUUAUCGUAAAAUAGGUGCUAUAGAUGUACAGUAUGGUGUUGGAUGUAUUGUCGCACCUUCAAACUGGUCGCCUAUGUAUUUCAAAUGGAUUACACGCAUGACUCUUGGGAGCUCUUGGGAACGUGGAGGUAGCAACAGUGACGUCACUACACGUCACAGCAGUAUGACAGACAACGUUUAUCAUAUAUCAUAUAUAUAUAAAGCAUUGGAUAUUCCAGUACUUCGUGAAGACGUGUCAGUGAUUCAUAUAUAAGAACUGGGAACAACGACUACCAAUAGGCCUUUCUAGUUAACCAAGCCCACGUUUGGUAGGUUAAGAAUAAGAGGCGAUACAUUAAAUAUUCAGGAAGAGUUAUAAAUGUAUAGAAACAGUAACGCCGUACCAUUGUAGGAGAUAUAAAAAGCAGUGCUUCAUUAGAUAGACGGCAUAAAUCAAAGUGAAACCAACCAAGACAGUUCACCAAAGAGAUCAAACAGUGAACAAUCUAUGGCUCACAAGAAAAUAUAGAUAUUAUGUCACACUGAGCCACCUCAAAAUGGAAAAUAUUAGCUUCUACAUAAACGACACACGGGAAGAGUAUAGCUGUUACUCACAAUAUAUCUACAGACCUAUUGGUCCUUAUGACAACCACAUAGAGUACCAGACCAGCCAGUGGCUGAAUAAGGUCGUUCCGCCAAUAUUGCUAAUUCUGGGAACAAUAGGAAAUGUCACAUCAUUUUUUGUUUUACGGAGACCUUUCAUGUUAAGGACUUGGACGGGUUUCUUUUUGCGAGCUUUAGCGGUCUCGGAUACAGUCGCCCUGUGGCUAGGACUAUCACGACAUAUGAUCAGGGUUUACGACGGCGGUUACGACAUCAGGAACUUACAUGACGCUGUCUGUAAACUACAACGCUUUACUUUAUAUACAUUCUUAGAUUUAUCAGCGUGGCUAUUGGUUGGUUUGACGGUUGGAAGGUACAUUUCAACUUGCCACAUUUUCAAGUCUCACCGCUACUGCACAACCAAGCGAGCCAAAAUUGCGUUAGCGGUGACAAUCGGAUGUGCCGUGGCGAAGAAUUUGCACGUCUUCUGGACCGUGACGUUGAACUAUAACAACAAACAACAACUCUUGUGUAACCACUUCUGCGAUUCUGAAUACUUUUAUUUUUGGAAGAAAGUCUUGCCUUGGGUGGUGUUUUGCGUCUACGCUGGGGGGCCAUUCACGUUUAUGAUGAUUUUGAAUAUAUUAAUUAUAAGAGCGUUGCAGAAGUCUUCCAAAUUUCAGGGUGUUGCUUGUAGGCCAGUCAUCAAAACCCCAGGUACUUGCAGCAAAAGCUAUUAUUUCACAUCUACUAGUGGAUCACGUAAAAAUUCCCUGUCUCCGAAGCAAACGCCUCUUUUAACGCGGGUGACGAGGGACCAGUCACCUGCGUUGGAACGCAAAGUGGAGGAAAUCUUGUCCAAGUCCCUCAAUGGUGCGAAGGAAUGUAACAGAAAUAAGUUGUUACCUACAGGGGGAGGGUGUCAUUCUCCGCCUAACGGCCUCUCUCCCGCCCAUACCCCCACGGGAUCUCGGAGACCGUCACAUAUCAUUGAGGACAUUAUCAGAAAACACAGGGAGAGCAAAGAUUCCAACAACCACAAAGACUUCCGGUCGAAGUCUACCACCAUUAUGCUUCUCGUAGUGACGUUCAGUUUUCUUUUAUUAGCGAGUCCGAGUUUUAUCAAUUUGAUUGUAGAGCCAUAUUGGAAUGCAAAUAUAGCAACGCCGAAGGAACAAGCUGUCCAGAAACUGGUUUCUACAGUCGUGUUGUUAUUGACCUAUAUCAACCAUUCUAUCAAUUUUUUGUUGUACUGCGUAAGCGGGAAGCGGUUCCGAUGUGAACUUCUGCGCAUGUGGAGAUGCAUCCCCGAAAACGUUCCUGUUCACUCCACCCACUGCCACAGCAGGGACAGCCUACACAGACUCCAUCUAGACACCGAAAUGAACGCUGGAAGAGGAAGUCCUCAGAGAAGUCCUCAUAGAAGUCCUCAUUUGAAUCGUAAAGCCGCAAAUCACUUAGACAAUUUAGACAAAAUAAGCGUCGUUUAGGUCAUAAAUGUUAUGAAAAAAUCACGCACGUUUUAGUCUAGGACCUAAAUUAUCUUCUAUCCUAGUUUUAGUCAAAUAAUGACUCUAUUUUAACUUUGAUAGUCAGAAAGAGGUCACAUUUAUAAUAUUGUAUAUUUUUUAGGCGUGGCUCCACAUAUAAUAUAAUAGGACAUUCUACUGUACGUAAUGUUCUAGUCAACUAUGGCUGUAUACCUUUAACUACUCACUUUUUUCGUCGUAGUGUUGGACCAAAUACACUGAGAACAGAAUAUACCGGGUAAUAAUAUCAUCAUUCAAUCGAACCGUUAUUCUACCUGCUAUGCUUAUAAUCCAUUUCGGUACUAGAGUAUUUUGGGUCAUCCCCUUGUUUCUCGACCAAAGAGAAAGUUACACGUGCGGUUGAAAUGGUUUCUGUCGUAAGCGUAGGCCUGCAUAAUGUCUCUCCGUAUGCAUACAAAUGUACUUUAUGUGGCUGUUGUCUGUUUUCUGUUUAAAGUGUUUAAUAUUUAAUUGUUGUACGAUAGUAUUAUUGUUUUUUACUUUUUUUUGUCUGCGCACAACUGCACGUUUGACGUAAAAAGAGCCAGCGAAAGAAAAAGAUGGCAAAGUUGCGUAAAAAGAACAAACAGUAAAAUUAGCUUUCGUCGAAUUUAAAUUGUCUUAAUACUUUUCAUCGAUAUAAAUUUAAAUAUUUAUCAACACGAAGUAUUCUGCCAUUACAAUAUUGUCUUCUACGUACAGUCCGAUUCUACACAAUGUAUGAUGCACGCACAUCAGGUGUAUCGUGCGACGGGUCCAGUAUUAAGCAUUUGUUUCAGCGUAUUAAUCAAAACAUGACUUAACAUAACUUUUUGAUCAAUUUAUGGUUAAUAUAUUCCCACCACUUGUAAAAUUUGCAGUUAACACUUUUCUAUGUCAUGUUGUAAAUUAUAUUUGUUCGGAACAUCUUAAAGCCGAAGAGGUUUUGUUGUAACGUAUGUUCCGUCAUAAACCGACCAAAAUCUACAUGUGAAUCAGC